AUGGUGGAAAUAUUUCUGCCGUUAUGGUCAGGGGCGCGCCGCCUCAUCGUCCCCACGGUGAUUAAGAAAAUGCCCAACAGAAUGGCUCGUGCUAUUUAAGAAACACAAGACCACUGUUUUUAAGGUAAGUAUGACCAUGGGAUGAGAGUAAUUUAUCAAGCCUUUUGUUGCUUUUUGUUGUAGCAUGUGGUAAUUUUGUGUCUUGUGUCCCUCCGGUGACUCCCACCCAGCUUGGACGUUUUGGCAGGCGUGUCCUGCAGGAAGAGGUCCACUCUGCUGGCUUCUCUCUGCAUGUGUUAGCCCUGGGGGGGGGGGGGGGGGGCGAGGCCUGUCCCUCCCCUCCCCAGCCCUGCUCUGUAGCUGGAGGCAGCAGGGGAACUGCACUCACAACGUCUAUGGCAACACUGAGGUGUCCUGCUCGGCCGGCUGCUACAACUUCCCAGAGAGCCUUCUGCAGUCUACUGAUGUGAGUCAGCCCUGAACCCUAAAACCCUGAUCAUGUAAUUAUAGCACUAGCUCUUCUGUUUCAGUGAUAUGGAGUUACCUUUUACCCAAUUUAUCCAAUUGUUCUUGCAUAAUGUAGUUUUUGUGCACGCCUCACAGGACUGAAUCCUCUGUGCAGCUUCGUCCUCCUCUGAUGGAGACCACAAUGGAAGUAAGAGAUGAGGAUGGCUGUGUCGUUACUCAGUGGGAAGAACAGGUGUUUGCAGGUGGGAUGGACAGUGUGUCUUCUAGACCAGGGGUUCCCAAACUUUUUCACUCAGGCCCCCCUUCCAGCACUGGGGAACAUCUCGCGCACCCUCCCCCCGCGCGCGCCACAUACAUUUCUAUGGGCACAAGCACUGUUCAUGACACAAACUGUUCACACCCCUCUUGUUGGCGGAGAGAACAUUUUGCGGGUUUAAAGCUUAUUUCCUGCAAUUCUACACAUUUUGUCAUGGAGUGAAGAGAAUUUAGCAGUUUUAUAGCAAAUUUUUUAGCAAUUCUAUACAUUUUGCCAUGCAUAAUGUGUAUUCAGCUGAUAUUUGAGUGACUCAAACAUUACUUCUAAAUGGGCAAAAAACAAGCUAAAAAACAUUAGCUGACAUGGGCUAGUUGAUAUGGACAUUUCUGGCAAGUUAUAAAUAGCUCUCUAAGGUAUGCAAUAACUGACAUGACAAGAGGAACUGAUGAUGCACUACCUAAUUUUGAAAUUGCACCUUGUGCAUUCCACUAUUACAACUUUCAAGAGUAAGUUGAAAGCCGGACUGAGUUCCUUAAAAAAAAGGGAACUACUGUUCUAGACGAUGAGGUGACUGUUGCUCCUGGUACGGUCUACAGGCGACUGGGUGCAGAUUAGGGACACCUCUACAACCUGUGGAGGCGGGACCGACUGGUCAAACGCCAUGUCAUGUCGGGCACAUAUGACACAUUUUCCUGUGGUGUCCCCACUUCCAUUCAUUGGUCUUUUAAUCCUCCAUAUCCCCCUCUCCGGUUGUAACGAGUCUACCCCAGGUGGAGGCCUGUGCUGUGGCCGCCACCUGGUGGCCUUUGUCGUAGCCUGUUCUACAUCACGGGACCGAAAUGCAGCCCUUACCACCUUCCCUGUAGACCACCAGGUACAGCAUCAUGAAGAGACUGCCCCCUCGGCUAGAGGCCUACAGAAGGCAAUUCCUCCACAGGUUGUGUCAGCUCCUACCCAGUCACAGCGUUCCAGACACACUAGUCCAGGUCCCGGCCCUGCCACUAUCCUCACAUAGUGAGUGACACUGCCCUGUAGCUGAACAUCACUCCUAGACUCUACUGUAAAUGCUGCAUUCUAAAACAUUUUCUAUCAGGGUUUACCAUUCAUUUGACCAUGGCAGUACUCUAUAUCUUGUAUCUGGACUCUGGGUAAAUUAAGUGCUGUGUUUCUUCAGGGAAAGUGUCUAUGGGUGAAUUUAUGAAGAUCUACCAGAGGCAGAGAGCUGGUUCAGAGUCCCAUAGUGCACUGGGGGACAUAGAGACACUGAAAGACUCCAGUCUCUGUGGAGGGUACAAGUCAUUAUGUUGUUCUAUAUCGUGGAGCUCCGCCCCAUAGGGGAGCUCUGCUCCUAGUGGUUUACCCUCUGCCCUAAGGCAGCAACAGCCUGAAGCAAAUUUAUGCACACACCUGCAGCCAAUGGGAGCACAGGUGUCCCUAUAAGAGGGGACACAUCCCCUCAAUCAGCCUCCCUUUAUCUUCAGCGACUGGACGACUAGACUGAAGAAGCCAAGAAGAGAAGAAGACUCAGGAAGAAUUCGCCGUCGAUUAUCCAGCCAUCGACGUCUUCUAAAUGAGCACACCAGGAGAAUUUCCACCCCCAAAAGCCCUUUUCAGGGCUCUGUGCCGAUGUACCGCCAUGACAUCUGCGGAUCCCCACGACCUUUGUUUCGUGUGUUUGGGGCCGCAGCAUGCCAAGGAAGGAAUCGGCAAUCCCCCUAACUGCGCCCCCUGCGCCCUCCUUCCUAUGAAGGAGAGGAAGCAGCGUUGGGCGUUCUUUAGGGAGGAUAUCCCCCUAGAGGAUGUAUUGUCUCUUCUCGCCUCUGCUUCAGAGGCGUCGUCGGACAGUGCUGGCUCAGGGGAUGAUAAGGAGGGAGACGCAGAGAUGGAUGUUCCAAUGGAACAAUCCGACCCUCUGGCGCCAACCUUCAAGACCCCCUUCCCUAUGGGGAGUACGAGGUCUGAAGGCUCCUUAUGCGAUGACGACACGGGCUCUGUUACGUCAGCAGCCCUGUCCUUCGCAGCGGCCUCUCUGCGUUCGGACUUUCCCGAACUCAUUGAGAAAGCCGCCAAUCGACUAGAGAUAGCGCUACCCCCAGCUCCCCCCCCUGUGGAGGUUGACUUGAUGGAGGGCGGCCCCUACUCUAAACCAAGGAAGGCAGCUGAGCCGAUGGCUCCGGCUAUGCCUUCCCUUGGGAAAUAUGUCGAGGGCUCGUGGGACACACCCCUGGCGGCGCGUUCGCCGGCCAAGGUGUACAUCCCAUUCACGAGAGUGGCUGGACGUGAGUGGGCGGCUAAGGGAAUCCCUAAGCUCGAGAGCGCCAUGGCGGCGUAUCUAGUGCCGGGUUCGAGUCCCUGGGCGGCCUCCAAGAAAGCCACCUUACCAGCACAAAAAGACAGACUCACAGCACAGCUGGCUGAGAAGUCUUUCACGCUGGGAGCCCAGGCUGUGUCAGCGGCUAACAACAUCGCCCUCCUCGCGGCCUCCCUAUCCCGUCUAACAACGGGUAGGUCAGAGUUGACCAGCGAUGAGAUUGAAGAGGCGUCCAGGAUUUCUGGCGCUAUUCUUCACUUGACACAGGCGUCAGCGAUAUGCGCAGGCCGGUCCAUGGCCACCUCGGUGGUCAUGGAACGUCACCUCUGGCUGUCAAUGACAGCCAUGAAGGAGACGGACAGGGCCUCGCUACUAAACGCUCCCGUCUCUAGCGAGGGCCUCUUUGGGGUCACCGUUAAAGAGGCGACGGAACGCUUUGGUAAGCUGGACGAGGAGAAAAAGCACCUGGCUAAACACCUGCCAUUGGCAGGCAAGUUUAGCAGGGCCUCAACCAAACCGUCAACCUCCAACGCCCCCAGUAGAACUACAGGGAGGCGACGGGCCAGGCGACAGGCGCCUACCACCGACAGCAGGCGAGCGGGCUCGGCCCCUCCAGCGACGACGGUGGUGGCGACGAUUCCGCAGGCGAGAGAGGUCGUCACGAAACUGUCCUGGCAACACCAGAAGGUCAGCCAGAAAAGACGGCACCAAUGACGAGACGAGGGGGAGAGGACGGAUGACGGCUCGGCGCAAGACGCGACAGAGCCCACUGUUCCCCCCCACCCUACUGUUCAGGGCAUGGAGGGAAAUGUUUAUUGUUGUUGUGUGAAUAAAGAGCUGGCUCUCACUGACAUUGUCACAAAAGGGCCUGUCUUCCAUGACACAUUGCAGAGUACUUCACGUCCUAUGAAUUUCUCUCACCAUCCUGAGUGUAGCUCAACCCACCAAGGGUGCGUAGUUGAACACACUCAGGAGAGGAAAGAGAAAAAGGUAGCAAGGCGUAGCCUUAGCUCACCUAAUAAAGAUAUUUUACUACAGACUCCUAGGAGCUCUGUAGUAAAGGUCUCACAUAGCAGGCAGCCGUCUCAGUCUAAAUAUGACAUGAAGACGCAGCCGCUAGCUGGGAAUGACGCCUUGCUUCAGGCUAACGCCUCAGCCAGCGCAGUUCAGACCCGUGCGACGUUCACGGAGGGCGGGAAUACUAGAGUUACAGGUGUAACCAAUGUAUGGGCGCCCCCGGCUAAUUCAGAACGUAACAAUGCCCAUUACUCUGAGUGCAGCUCACCACACCCAGAGUGUGCUGUUGAGCAGCUUCACGAGACCAGUGAAAAAGAGGUAUUGUGGCGCCACCUUGUGGUACCAGUUAGAGACCACACUUUCCAGACUCUGUUGAGUACUGCAGUGGACGGAUCUCAUGACAAGCAGCAGUCUCAGUCAGACAAUGACAUGAUGACGCAAUUGCUAUCCGGGGAGGGCGCUCUGCCUCAGGUUAAUACCUCAGUCAGUGCAGCUCAAAACCGUGCUGCGUUCACGGAGGGCCGGAAUACUAGAGUUACGGAUGUAACUGACGUAUCAAGGCCUCCGAUUCCCUCAGAACGAGCUGAUGUUUCCUCUCCCUUUCGAGGGGGGCCCGCCUUGGGCUAUUCCACCAACCCAGUGCUGGGGAAUAGCGGCGGCGAGGGACAUAGAGGAAUACAGGUCCUUCCUACUGGAUGCACCACAGCUUCGUGCGCGCCCGCUUUCUCUGCAUUGCUGGCAGUGGCAACGAAGCUGUACCCUCUCACGCUGGCUAGAACAGACGUUGCAGAAGGGUUAUGCCCUCCAAUUCCAUCGAACCCCACCCCCGUUCAGGGGAGUGGUGGAGACGGUGAUGAAAACGCCGGACAAAGUAGCCGCUCUGAUGUCAGAGAUUACGGAACUUUUGGCGAAGGAGGCGGUCACAGUAGUUCCCCGGGAGCAAAGGAACAAAGGGUUGUAUUCGCCUUAUUUCCUAGUGCCCAAAAAGACGGGGGGAGUGAGGCCGAUUUUGGAUUUACGCACUCUCAACGAGAGCAUAACCAAACGACCCUUCCGAAUGCUGACGACAAAACGUCUACUGGAAUGUGUCCAGAAAGGAGACUUUUGUACAAGCAUAGACCUAAAGGACGCGUACUUCCAUGUGCCGAUACAAUCGCGUCACAGGAAGUUUCUGCGGUUCGCCUUUCAAGGGGUGGCGUACGAGUUCACGAGGAUGCCAUUCGGGUACGCCCUGGCACCUCGAACGUUUUCCAAAUGUGUGGAGGCGGCAUUGGAGCCGCUACGUCGUCAAGGGAUAAGGCUAUUAGCCUACCUAGACGACCUGCUGGUUCUCGCCCCGUCAGCAGAGCUGGCGUUCACUCACACAACACAGACAGUGAUUCAUCUCACGCGUCUGGGGUUCGCUGUGAAUUGGAAAAAGAGUACACCCUGGCCCAGUCAUCAGAUUGUCUACCUGGGGCUACAGCUAGACACUGUAAUGAUGAGGGCUCGAAUCUCGGACCCUCGAAGGGUAGCAUUGUUGCUAGCCCUGAGGAAGUGCCGUCCGAAUCACACAGUGACGGCGCUAUCGAUCAUGUCACUUUUGGGUCUCAUGUCGUCAGCCCACUCUGUGGUCCCGCUGGGACUUCUGCACAUGCGCAGAAUACAGCGAUGGUUCGCCCAACUAAGACUAGACCCAGUGCGUCAACGUCAUCGGUUGGUGGUGGUUCCUCUCUCGCUAAGAGCAGACCUGGACUAUUGGAGGAACCCGAGCGUUCUCACGCACGGAGUCCCGAUGGGCAAGGUGUCAUCCUACAUUCCAGUAUUUACAGAUGCUUCUCUGACUGGAUGGGGAGGGACAUGUCAGACUCAAGCGAUAGGAGGUGUAUGGCCUCAAUCAGGUCGUCACAUAAACCUCUUGGAGUUGGAAACGGUUCGACUGGUUUUGACCCACUUCGCGCCUACCCUUCGGGGUCGCGAUGUGCUGGUCUGGUCAGACAACCGGACCACAGUGGCCCACAUAAAUCGCCAGGGAGGGGUCAGGUCACCUGCCCUCCACCGGGCGGCAGAGGAAUUGUGGCUGUGGGCUCACAAGCACCUUCGCUCGUUGAGAGCAGCACACAUUCCGGGCUACUUGAACGUAGGAGCAGACCUCAUGUCAAGAGGGGGUCCUCGAGACGACGAGUGGUGUAUGCAUCCGGACAUUGUUCUCCAAAUUUGGGAACAGUUCGGGAGAGCCGAGGUGGAUCUGUUCGUGUCACGCGUGAACGCGCAAUGUCCCCUAUAGUUCUCUCUGAGGGAACAGGACGAGCCACCACUGGGGAGAGACGCAUUCGCGCACUACCCGUGGCCGAAAGUUCUCCUGUAUGCAUUCCCUCCGCUGUCUUGCAUUCUCCCACUGCUAGCCAGGGUGAGGUCAGAGGAGCUGUCAGUGAUACUGAUAGCGCCCGAUCGCCCGGGGGCUCCGUGGUUUGCGGAGAUGAGUCAGAUGUUGAUUGCGCCACCUUGGCCAAUUCCACAUCGACGAGACGCGUUGACCCAGGCGGGAGGCUCGAUAGGGCAGUGGCCCAUAAUCGGCCAACCACUGAAGGCUUGGCUCCUGAAUGGGACUGGUUGAGGCGCCGUGGGUUAUCUGAUGCAGUGAUCAGAACCAUACAAGGUGCACGAGCCGGUUCCACUUCUAGGAUGUAUACCAGCAGAUGGAACGUUUUUUCACGAUGGUGUGACACACAGGGUGUGGACCCCAUGAACUGUCAGGUGGAGAGUGUGCUCUCUUUUCUGCAGUUUAUGUUUGAUAAGCAGAAAUCGCCCUCCACCAUUUGGGUGUUUGCAGCGGCAAUUUCAGCUGGUCAUGAGGGGUUUGACGGAACAAACGUGUUCAGCCACCCGUUAGUGAAAAGUUUUUUAUUGGGAACGCGGCGGCUUAGGCCAAUGCCUAGAGCCACGCUGCCCCAGUGGGAUUUGGCCUUGGUUCUCGAAGCGCUAUGUAAGUCGCCGUUCGAGCCAUUGAAUCAAAUACCCCUCAAGAUGUUGUAUAUCAAGACGGCACUGUUGCUCGCCCUGUCGACGAGACCCGACUGCCUUGCCAUUAAUGGCGAUCUGAGCAGAGCGGUGUUACGUCCUGACCCGGCGUUUGUGCCGAAGGUUAUUAGCAGUGCAUAUAGAUCACAGACCGUGGAGUUGUGGGCUUUUUCUCCCCCUCCUCAUGGGGAGAGGAGUGAGGAAAAGCUUCAUUGUCUGUGCCCAGUGCGCGCUUUGGCGUGUUACGUUGAGCGCACAGCAGCGAUUAGGUCAUCGCCUCAGCUGUUUGUGUGUCACGGUGCGGCUGCAUUAGGUAGACCACUUUCAAAACAGCGAUUGUCUCAUUGGCUUUGUGAAGGUAUUGAGACAGCUUACGAGGCAGCGGGGCGACAACUGCCUCAGGGUAUCAGAGCUCACUCCACUCGUGGAGUAGCAGCUUCUACUGCCCUCUUCAUAGGAACAGGGGUAGAGGAUAUUUGUAGAGCAGCGUCAUGGUCGACGCCGUCUCCAUUUAUCCGUUUCUAUCUAUUAGAUAUGCCUUCUAACUCUUUGGCUCGAUCUGUACUCAGCGUGGCUGAAAGGAGAUCUUGAGCAAGAAGGAGAGGAAAAAAGCAGGACUGUGGACAUGGGUGUUCAUCGGGUCCGCUUUUGUUAGGAAGACAUAUUAUGGACAGACAUGUUUUCUAACUCUUUGGCUCGGUCUGUACUCAGCAAGGCUGAAAGGAGAUUUUGAACCAGGAAGAGAGGAUGAAGCAGGACUAUGGGCAGGUUCCAAUCAGGUCCGCUUUGGUUAGGAAAACAUGUUUGUUGAUAGAUAGGCUUUCUAGCUCUCUGGCUCGAUUGUACUCAGCAUAGCUGAAGGGGAAUCUUGAGCUGGAGGAGAGAGAAGCAGGACGAUGGACACAGGUCUCUAUCAGGUCCGCUUUGGAUGGAAAGCAUAUCUUGUGGCAUGUCUCUUGACUGACAGGGUCAGUAUAGUAGAGACAUGUAUUGAAUUGACAGAAUGUGAGGUCAUCUAUCUGAUGGUUCAGUUUAGUAUGACUUAUAUUUUGUUCCUGCCUACUAAUCUCUGGGUUCCAUUGAGUGAGUGAGGUGGUCUACUGGGCACAUAAUGUAGAGUGACACUUGGUGUCAUUCCGUUAGUGGUCGGUAGUGUUUUCACAGGAUAUUGAGGCACAUCUAUCUGCUAGUACAGAUUAGUGUAGCUUCUAUUCUGAUGAUCUGCCCACUAGUCAUUGGCAUUGCCAUUGAACUAGAUGGGGCGGGUCUUUAACCGAUGACGCGGUAUAUUGUGACGCCCGGAGGGGUUUUUAGUUGCAGUACUGCGGGAAUUGGUUGCGGCCAUUGCUAGGCUUGACCUUUUCAUUUUUUAAUGGGAAGUGUUAGGCUCGGCAGGGAGUACAUUUUGGAGCGCUACGCUCCGCCUUAAACCACUAGGAGCAGAGCUCCCCUAUGGGGCGGAGCUCCACGAUAUAGAACGAUUAGUUACCGGAGUGUAACUCCAGUUCUAUGAGUGGAGCGGAGCCCCAUAGGACUUAAGGCCCUGCCGACCCUCUCUAGUCUCGCUGAAGAUAAUGUCUCGGGAGGCUGAUUGAGGGGAUGUGUCCCCUCUUAUAGGGACACCUGUGCUCCCAUUGGCUGCAGGUGUGUGCAUAAAUUUGCUUCAGGCUGUUGCUGCCUUAGGGCAGAGGGUAAACCACUAGGAGCAGAGCUCCCCUAUGGGGCUCCGCUCCACUCAUAGAACUGGAGUUACACUCCGGUAACUAAUCGUUUUAUUAUUGUCACAUACAAGUCAGUAUCCCUUUUACAUCAAGAGUUUACAUAUUUGUACAUUUAUAUUUGUGUAUAUCAGGAGACUUUAGGUCAGGCGGAGGAUGAGACCAUCCAGGAGGACUCCAACUUUAGUUUAGUGGAGGCGACUCAUUGCAAGCCCUGCGUCUCUGUGAUGACACCACCACCGCCGUAGGAGGGACUUCAUCUGGGCUUCUGGAGGUUAUACUGGACGGAUCCUUCUCAGACGUCCUGUACCAUGUUGCCACAGAAACACUGACUCUCCAGUUAGAGCACAGCUGGACGUCCCGUCCUGUGGCCAAGAAACAUCCAGCAGACCCUGUCUCCUCAGCACAGCCCAAGAGACAGCUGUGGAGACGCCACUGGGAGUUGUCGUUUAUUCUGUGAAGAAGGCUGUAAGAUGUACAGUGGUAAAGAGACCAGGGGAGCUUGUAGAGAUGGGUCAUUCAGACCCUUUGAGGACCAAUGAAAACUCAGACUCAGAGGGACCAAUCAUAAGAACAAGAAAUACACUCACACAGGACAAAGGAGCCAAUAAGAGCACAUAAUCCAGCCAUUCCCAGACAUUUGGGUCCAAUAAGAGGACAGAACACAACCAUUCCUAGGCAGUGGAAACCAAUGAGCCCAGUGCUAGCAGUGUUAUCCCUCCCCUUAGAGAGGCUAGUGGUCUGGGGCUGAGGGGGAGCUGGCAGUCAGACACAGAGAGGUUUGUGGACGCCUCUCCAGUCCUGUUCAUUGGCUCCCAUUCCCACAGGAUGCAGGCCCUGGACCUGGCCACCGGGGGGCUGCUGUGGGAGAGGGUCUCGGGACAGGAUCGAGUCCUCUGCUGCUGUGUCCGGAUGUGGAAGACUCAUCGUGGUUGGUCUGUAUCCACAUAAAGCAUCUGUUAUUUGGUUAUGUUUAAUUUUGUUUUCUAUUCUAUGUCUAUUCUACAGUGUAUAUUGAGGAUAUAUACUGUGUGUUAACUGUGUUUAAUCUCAGGGUGCUAUGAUGGUUGUGUGUGUUUCCUGUGUUUGGAGUCUGGGAAGACACAGUGGGUGUUUGAGACUGGAGAUGCUGUGAAGAGCUGUCCUACUGUGGAUGGCCACGUCUAUGCCCUCGACUCACAGGUGUGUGUGUGUGUGUGUGUGCAUACCUUUCUUUCAAGUGUAAAUCUUGCAUCACAUGCUCAACACUGUAUAAUUGUGUGUGUGUAUUCUAGGUUUGGCAGUGUGUGUGGAAGCACCACUGUGGGAGUGGAUUGGUGUUCUCCUCACCCUGUCUCCAUCCCUCUCUAACAGCAUUGUGUCACCACCCUUGGUGAAACUUCCUCUGUCUCCAUCCUGUGAGUGUCCAUGCCUCCUUGGCUGCAAAAAUCACAGAUGCUUGCACUUAUGAGUGAAUGAGAAAAGAUUCAAACUCUUUUUCUGUUUCAGGACACUGGUAUUGUCCUGUGGAUGUAUUCCAGGAAGACUACGUUUUUCUCCAUCCCAAGCUGCUCCAUUGGAAACAUAAUCAUCGGCUCUGUGAAUGGAAACAUCUGCUGCCUCAGCCACACAGGAAAAUGGUGAGAGGAAGAACAGGCACUAAUAUAAUGUCCAUUUAGUCUUUCUCUUUAACAUCUUCAUUUUCACCAAGUAACAAUUGAUAUUGCUCACUUAUGUGUUUCAUCUUUAAUACUGUGUGUUUUCUGCAGCUGUGGCAGUAUGUGACCAAGUGACUAGUCUUCUCAUCCCCCUGCAUCACACCAGACAAGCAGAGCGUUGUGUGUGGGUCACAUGACGGGUGUGUGUACUGUCUGAAUUGUGCUACCAGAGGGUGUACUCCAGCCCAUGUGUGUUUGAGGGGUCAGCCUGGGGUUUGGAGGGUACAUUGGUGGACGUGGUCUCCACAGAUGGGACCCUGUGUGUUCUGGCAGGAAAGAAUGGAACUCUGAGAGCCUCUCUCUCUGCCCAGGGGGCUCUUCUCCUCUCCUGUGGUGUGGCAGCGCUCCUGGUGGUCGGAUGA